GAGAAGCAUCCACGCUCGUGCGUGCCCCUCUUCUUCUUCGUCUCGCUGCUCUCUCUCUCUCUCCUUCCCCGUGGCUUUAGCCGGGUUUCUUACCUGGAAUACCUGGAGAUCUUCACCUCAGAAGCUACCUCUCUCUUUCUUUUUCACCAUUUUAAUUUCAAAUCCCUUCCUUUAAAUGCCUCUUCUAUCAACUUUCAACUACUUCACUUCACUCUCUCUGCUCUCAGCUCUCUCUCUCUCUCUUUCUCUCUCUGUUCUUCGAUCUCUUUGUUUGCUCCUGCUGCUUCUGAAACCCUGCAAGUGAAUUGAUUUCUUUCACAGUAAAUGCUAUCUGCAAAUCUGAUCAACCUUCAAACAGAUACUCUCAGGUUCCUUUGUUAGUUCUUACCUACUCCGCAUUUCUGUCUCUGCCAUCUCUUUAUUGCCUUUUUGGUCUCAUCUUCUUUUAUCUCCAACUCCACAUUCCAGCAGAUCCAAGUCCUUAUAACCGGUUAGUAGCUUAGAGGCUCUAGUUUUCCAAAGCUAUGGCUUACCUGAGCUCUGGUCCAGGGACAGAAUCAAGAAGGAGGAAACCGUUCCCAAUCGAACGGAGGCCUCAGAUGCUGAAAGAUUUUCUUAUGGACGACAUGAGCUCAUGUUCGUCCAACGGUUUCCGAUCCUUCCCUCGCCACGCAUGUUGUGAAUCUGUUCGAAACCUGGUCGAAAUGGAUCUCAAAGCAAGAGAUUCACAUCUCUCGAGGAAACUACUCAGAAGCCGUUCCAAAGCUGCUUCUAAGACGAUCUCUGCAUUCCACAAAGCAUCAGAGGUUGUGAUUAACGUUGUUAAGCAUCUCCCAUUCUCUUCCAUAAAGGCUCCGUCGCAACCAAAGAACCAAACGAAGCAGGGAAUCUUCCCAAGAAGCCUUUCAAGGAGGUUGAGACGGAGUUUCUGGAAGAAAAGGGACAUUGUGGAAAACUAUAAUAUCAAGGAGAUCAAGGUAAGAGUGAUGAUUAAAGACAUUCUAAGGUGGAAAUCGUUUAGAGAUUUAAUCGAAGAGAAGCAGCAGCAGCAACCCUUGGAUUUCUCUCCCUCUCCUCUCCACAUCAGUAGUAUCGCCGCCGCUGCCGACGUUGAUGCUACCACUAUCACCACCAGCUCUAGUAUCAGUACCAUCAAUAGUAAAAAUAACAGUUGGUCUGGUAGUGAUUUCACAUCGGAAUAUUUACAGUCAUCUGGCGGUAGUUCUGAUUACUCAGGUGAAAACGAGGAUGAUCAGGAGGGUAAAGAAUGCUCUGUAGAGAAGAAGAUGACAAGCAACGGAGUACACAAUGCAAUCCAUGAGGAUUCCAUGGAGACAACGACCAACUCUGUAGACCCAAAGAAACAGGGAGAGUGCCCGUAUGAGGGAAAAGAACAGUUUAGUCCAGUAUCAGUUCUUGAAUUUCCAGAAGAAGAAGAUGAUUGUGAAGAGACACAGACGGCAUCGUCCUUCCACCAGAGCAUUGCCAAUAUGGAGAGGACGAAGCACAAGCUUAUGCAGAAGAUCCGAAGGUUUGAGAGCCUUGCUCAACUGGAACCAGUGGACAUUGAAAAACGAAUUGCAUUGUUGGAGGAGGAUGAUGACUCUGUUGAGAGCCCCUCCCAUGAUGGCCUACUUGUGUCACAAGAAGGUGAAGAUGAGCAAGAAAGCGAGGUUGACUUGGAAGCAAAGAUGGUAGAAGAAAGGGCAAUUGAAUUGCUUAAACUUAUCAAAACAACGAGCUCAUUGGACGACAGGACAACAACAGGGAAUCUGGAUGGUGUGUUGCUGGAUUUUUUCAAGGAAAUAAUCAUGGGAAGAUCUAAUACAGAAGGUGAAGGAUUUGAUUUCAAGGAGGUAGUGAAGGUGGCAAGGGAUUGGGUGAGCGAGAAGACUUGCGGUGGGAUGGCUCUGGGUUUGAAAUACGAUAGGGAAGUACAUGUUAGAGACAUAGAGAGUGAAGGGGGGAGGUGGAGGAAGUUUGGGGAAGAACAAAGCGAAGUGGUGGCGGAAAUAGAGGGAGGGGUUUUGGGUUCUUUGGUAAAUGAGCUUUUGGUUGAUCUUUUCUCGUAAUUGAACUGGUUGAAGGUAGUUUGAUUUGGUACAAACUCGAGGUGGUUCUCGUCAUUUGAGAUGGGAAUGAUCAAAACCACCUCGAGGCAAGGACAAAGGAGAUAAAAAAGAUACAUGAUAUAAACAUGGGAGGAGAUAUGAGAAACGUGUUUGAAGAGCACUUUAUCGAGAGGCAACAACUCGUGCCUCGCCUCUAGGGAAAGGCUGUGCAGCUGCAGCAGCGCCUGUGCCUCUGCCUGCUGCAAGCCUGAAAAGUUUUGGUGUAAGUGUGUAACUGAGCAUGCCGUGCAGAUCAUGUUUACCUUUCAAUAAUAUGAAAUUCUUUUUCAUUGUUUAAUAUUGAAGCAUUAUUUAGUAGACUAAAAGCAAAAACUUUUGAUUUUGGUCGUUGAUAAGACAGACUUAAUUUGAA